AUGUUUGGCUUUCUGCUUGCGCAAAGUCUGCUAGGUUUACUCGCAACCUUAGACCUCGGCAAAGUGGCAGGUGAUGUCUUUGCAUGCGAGAAAGGCACACUCUUCGUCGUCUUCACGUGUUCAUCAGUCAUGGUGACGUUCAUGACGUGGUUCGUGCCAUCUAACAAGCUGGCAUCAAAUGCUCUCAACAACCCUACAACCAGCAAGGAAGAUGGAAAAGAGCUUGAUGAAUCCGACUUGGAAAAUGAAUCAGUAAAUAUACAAUGCAAGGAAGCAAGUACACUUACUGAUUUAUGCUAUACAGCAAACGUCCCAGAGGUGGAGAUUAUAUCUCUGAUAGAAGAACAGAUACCAAAGUACACUCUGCGAGCAGACACGAUCACCAACUUCCAGGGCUAUACCCACGAAGAUUGGUGGGUGUCGACUCCUGUGCUGCCCCCUGACUAUGAGGUUGAGCUCUCCCCUGAACUGACAGAUGAAACUUUGAAGUACUUUGCCCUAUGUGGCGAGAGGUUGAGUCAGAUGACCAAGACCUACGAUGACAUCAAUGCUGUUACCCACCUGCUAGCUGAGAAAGAGAAAGAUCUCGAACUAGCGGCGAAGAUCGGGCAGAGUUUGCUAGAGCGCAACAGACAUCUCCAACAGAAGCAUGAACAGUCUGAGGAACAGGUCAACAUUGCGCAGGAGAAGAUCUCUCAGCUACGCCAUGAGUUGUCGAUGAAGAACAGUCUGCUGGAGGUGUAUGUGCAGGACCUCGAUUACUCCGAGUACAGCGAUGACGCCGCCAACGACACCUUCGACCAGCGAUGUGGUGCCAGCCUGCAGCAUAUCACCGUGCUGCAGUGCAAGGUCGACCAUCUUCAACAAGAGAACGUCACACUGAAGGAAAUGACUUGCUCCAUCAGAGAUGGCACAGCUGAGGCAGAAGCACAAGAAAAAGUGCUCGUGACCGACUGCGUGAAGCAACUAGUUGAGACUAACCAUGAGGUGAACCAGCUAGCUACGGAGCUGUCCAGAAAAACGGAGGACAACUACAAACAGCAAGAAGAAAUCACACAUCUGCUGACUCAGAUCUGUGAGCUGCAGAAAAAAUGCAAGAAGCUGUCAGUGGAAAGUUAUGAUGCUCAGGAGACUCUGGCAGCUUCUAAGGCAAGCCAGCACCAGCUGACUGCUGAGCUGAUGGAGCUGCAGGGCAGGUUCCAGGAGUGCAUGGCGAUGCUGCAGGAGCUGCAGGCGGAGACGAGGCGCACGCGGCACGGCAGCCACCCGAGCGCGCGCCGCACUCCCUACGCCAUCGUCAGCCCCUUUCUGCCGCCCGACUCCCUCGCCUGCGAGCUGGACGCCUCGCUGAGGUCCGACUGCCAGCCCGGUUACUCGCCCGGCGAGAGCAGGGAACACGUGCGAAAGGUGAUGGAGACGUCGCGCGCAGCCAGGCACACGCAUCGCAGCCACUCGGCAAGUCGCAAGUCAUCGCGGCCCGCGUCGGCGCACGACGCGUCCGGCCGGGCGUGCGGCGGGGGCGGCGGCGGCGGAUCUGUCAAUGACUCGCUCGACUGCGCGAGUGUCGUCAGCGAGAACUACAUGGGCGACACGGAGGACAGCCGCACCGAGAGUCCCUUCAGCUCCAGUCCGUACCUGGGCAAGGCGGGCGUGCCCGGAUCAAACGACCUCGAGACGGCACUUCGCCGACUGUCGCUGCGCCGCGCCAACGAGAUCAACCAGCAGCAGUUUCGCGCCGACGACCGGCGACGGCACGAGGAGGAGGAGGAGGAGGUUGAGGUGGAGGUGGGCGGCGAGAUGGACGCGUCGGCGACGCCGAAUCAGUGCUGGACGCCGGAGAGCUACAUGUCGCACGGCAGCGAUGCGUCGCGCAUGGCGGCGCUCUACGGGUACAAGAGCUUCUACCCGGAGAAGCUGCAGAUCGUGAAGCCGAUGGAAGGUGAGCUCAUAGUGAUCCGUGUCGGGGUCUGA